AUGAAGCGUCUCCUCCUGGCGUUAUUGUUCUUUGGAGUGUUUCACCAUCUGAGUGCCGCUAUCCUCCGAAAUGAAACAUAUGGGACUACACGAGUUGCCAAAGAUCCGAGAUUCUACAGAAGCAGAACCUUCAAAACUGCCACUCCAGAGAAUGGUACUGGCACGCACAAUACUGGAUCUUACAAAAUACCAUAUGCUCCAUACAAUGAUCGACUCUUUCGGAAUAAUACGGUCAACAAUGGCUCUAGAAUCAAUCAAAAUGAGACUACACGGACACCGAAGUACCCGAGAUUCAACCGAACCACGAUGAGUUAUGACAUCAGACACAAUCAAACGGUACGCGGAUGGAGUUAUCCGCCGUUCUAUCGUACGAUAUAUGCAAAUGUAUCUGGAAACUACACAACUCGGAAUGGAACAUACGAGAACAGCUACAAAAUCAAUUCAAACUCCACGACAAGGAAUUAUCAUCGAGCUCACAACAACACUCCAAAAUGGACACCAAUGUAUCCCAGAUACAAUCGUACCAUCUUCAUGAGAGAAUCCUGGACUUAUACUAAUGCAACAACUCGUCGAUCGAGAUUUACGCCAUUUUAUAACAGCAGUCGGAGAAAUAUUUCAGAGUUUGAAUACGAUACCAAAAUCAGGAAUCACUCCGGAAUCCAUCAAAAUCUGACCUCGCGGAAUCAGAGUUACCCUCGUUUCUACCGAACCACGGUAAGGUAUGACCACAGACACAAUCAAACGACACGUGGAAGAAGUUAUCCAUCUUGGAACCGUACGAGUCCUGUGAAUGCGUCAGAUACUGGAAACUACACAGUUCGAAAUGGAACUCACGGAAAUAACUCCAGAAUAUUCGAAAAAAUUGAUUCUCUCCCUCCAUACGGUGAUAGAUUAAACUCGAAUGCUACGACGAGGAAUUAUUAUCGAAUUUACAACAACACUCCGAAAUGGACACCAAUGUAUCCCAGAUUCAAUCGUACCAUCUUCAUGAAUGACUCGAAGAAUCACAAUAAAGCAACUACUCGUCGUUGGAGAUUUACGCCGUUGUAUAACAACAACCGGAGAAAUAUCUCAGAGUUUGAAAACGAUACCUCAAUCAGGAAUCACUCCGGAAUCCAUCAAAAUCUGGCCUCGCGGAAUCACAGCUACCCUCGUUUCUACCGAACCACGGUAAGGUAUGACCACAGACACAAUCAAACGACACGUGGAAGAAGUUAUCCAUCUUUCAAUGGUACGAGACCUGAGAAUGUAUCAGAUACUGGAAACUACACAAUUCAGAAAGGAAUUCGAGGAAAUAACUCCAAAAUAUUCGAAACAAUUGAUUAUUUUCCUCCGUACGGUGAUAGAUUAAACUCGAAUACUAUGACGAGAAAUUAUUAUCGAACUCGCAACAACACCCCAAAAUGGACACCAAUGUAUCCCAAAUUCAAUCGUACCAUCUUCAUGAAUGAUUCGAAGAAUCACAAUAAUGCAACCACUCGUCGUUGGAGAUACACACCAUUUUACCACAAUACUCCGAAAAACGCCUCUGGAAACGGUAAUGGUACCAACGGAAGCGACUUCAAAAAUUAUCACCGUGCUACUCAUGGUCAUUACUUGCAUAAAUUGUAUCAUAAUUCUACGGAUAGAAAAGUAUCCAAAAGUCGCCCAACUCGUGCUUCACCUCAUCAUAAGGCAUAA